CAGUGGAAGCCAUGUUGGAGCUACAUUGGAUUCGGGCUGGGAUUUUCUGACGCCGUAUGUUUUUCUUAAAAUAUCUGUUUUCAUACAUUGUUGGGGUUCGUCCACCGUGCGCGAUCGGCGCCGUACUCGGCAGUGGAAAUGAUGAACUCCAGUGUCGACCUGUCCCGGCGGAAUCCGCAGGAGGAUUUCGAGCUGAUCCAGAGGAUAGGAAGCGGCACAUACGGAGAUGUGUACAAGGCUCGUAAUGUAAACACAGGAGAGCUGGCUGCUAUCAAAGUCAUCAAACUGGAACCAGGUGAGGACUUUGCUGUCGUCCAGCAGGAGAUUAUAAUGAUGAAGGACUGUAAACACUCCAACAUCGUAGCCUAUUUUGGCAGCUAUCUCCGGAGAGAUAAGUUAUGGAUCAGUAUGGAAUACUGUGGAGGAGGUUCUCUGCAAGAUAUCUAUCAUGUAACUGGGCCUUUGUCAGAGUCACAGAUAGCCUACAUGUCACGGGAGACCCUGCAGGGUUUAUACUACCUACACAAUAAAGGCAAAAUGCACAGAGACAUCAAGGGAGCCAACAUUCUCCUGACAGACAACGGCUAUGUUAAGCUAGCUGACUUUGGCGUAUCGGCCCAGAUCACAGCAACUCUAGCCAAGAGGAAGUCAUUCAUUGGGACUCCGUACUGGAUGGCUCCAGAGGUAGCAGCAGUAGAGAGGAAAGGAGGUUACAACCAGCUGUGUGAUAUCUGGGCUGUGGGCAUUACUGCAAUAGAGCUGGCAGAACUACAGCCACCCAUGUUUGACCUGCACCCCAUGAGGGCUCUCUUCUUAAUGACCAAGAGUAAUUUCCAGCCUCCUAAGUUGAAAGAUAAACUCAAGUGGACGAACAACUUCCACCAUUUUGUCAAACUGGCCCUGACCAAGAACCCAAAGAAGAGGCCCACAGCUGAGAAACUGCUGCAGCACCCUUUUGUGUCCCAGCCUCUCAGCAGGACGCUGGCAAUAGAGCUGCUGGACAAAGCCAACAACCCCGACCACAGCACCUACAAUGACUUCGAUGACGACGAUCCUGAACCAGAGUUUAAGUAUAGGGGUCAUUUCCUACCCGUAAGCCCCGGUGCUCGACGUGCACCCCGUUUUGCGGCCCGUAUAAAGUCACCGGUCUCUGUUCCUCAUCGUAUUCGUUCCACCAGCCGGAGCGCCAGGGAGGGAAAGACGCUGUCGGAGAUAAACUUUGGUCAGGUGAAGUUUGAUCCUCCAUUGAGAAAGGAGACAGAACCUCACCAUGAACCGGACUUGCAGUUGGAGUAUGGGCACGAUUCACCAAGUCUACUGGGAGGAAACAAAAGUCUUCUCAAAUCUGUGGAGGAGGAGUUACAGCAGAGGGGCCAUGUGGCACACUUAGGGGAUGAUGAGGAUGAGGAUGAUGAUGGUGCAGAUGAUGAUGAAACUCACACUCAUAAAUCAAGCACUAUCAUGAGGCCAAAGGUCCCACCUCCUCUUCCUCCCAAGCCCAAGUCCAUCUGCGCGUCCCAGCAGCAGCAGCAGCAACAACAAAAACACGACGAUAGCCAAUCACACAGCGAGGACGACGGCGGAGGGGGAGGGACCAUCAAACGCUGUCCAGUGCCAGAGACGCCGAGCCCGGCCAAGCCCGCCUCCAACGUCCCCCCGCGGCCCCCGCCCCCGAAGCUGCCACCCCACCGCCGCAGUAGCCUAGGUAACGAGAGCCCCAAGCGCACGGACGUCGAAAACUCUGCCCCAGAGGAUGAUGGGAGUUUUAGGCAUUUCUGGGAAUGGCUCCACACGCCUCACACAGAGGAGGAGCUGGAGGAGGCGUGGGAGGUGCUGAAGGAGGUGAAAGAGGAGCAGGAAAAAGAGGAGAUAAAGGAAGAGAGUAAUGGGCUGAACUCUCCACACAGUGGAGACAGGGACAGUCCAGCAGACAGACAGUCCACUAUGCCCCCUAGUGUUCCCAUACGGAAAGACAAGAAGGAUGUUCCGAAGCCAAUCAGUAAUGGCCUCCCUCCUACACCCAAAGUCCAUAUGGGUGCGUGUUUCUCCAAGGUGUUCAACGGCUGUCCUUUGAAGAUCCACUGUGCCACUUCCUGGAUCAACCCUGACACCAGAGACCAGUAUUUGAUAUUCGGAGCUGAAGAGGGAAUCUACACGUUAAACCUCAAUGAACUGCAUGAGACCUCGAUGGAACAGCUCUUUCCCCGGCGGUGUACCUGGCUAUAUGUCAUGAACAAUUGUCUUCUUUCCAUAUCUGGAAAAGCCUCGCAGCUGUACUCCCAUAGUCUGAGCGGUCUGUUUGAACAGGCCAGACAGUUACAGAAGUUACCAGUAGCCAUUCCCACACACAAACUGCCUGAUAAGAUGAUUCCCAGGAAGUUUGCGGUGUCCAAUAAAAUUCCAGACACUAAAGGGUGCCAAAAGUGCUGCGUAGUUCGUAACCCGUACACAGGCCAUAAGUACCUGUGUGGAGCCUUUCAGUCUAGCGUCAUGCUGUUGGAGUGGGUGGAGUCCAUGCAGAAGUUUAUGCUCAUUAAGUCGCUCUGCGCAGGGUGGUGGUGCUGGAAAGCAGGCCUACCGACAACCCUACAGCCCACAGCAACCUCUACAUCCUGGCAGGCCAUGAAAACAGCUACUGAGAGACACACACACACACACAAAAAAAUAUUCGCACAUAAACACACUCUCUAAACAGCCUACCACUAAUGCAAACAAGGGAGUGAGCAGCCGGGAGACACACUCAGCCCAACCCUAUCGCUAACCCACCCAACCUCCUGUUGGCCGUGUAACUGGGAGAUGAGCCGUUUGUGGGUGCAGGUGUGGAUUCCCAGUCGCAGACAUUAAAUGCACCGCAGUGUUACAUGUGUAUUAGUUUAGCGUGUUGUAGUAGGGCAGCGGGUUGCGGACCGAGGGGUUUAAAGUGCUGGUCUGAGGCCAGUUUGGGUUGAGAUAGUCGGGGAAUCUCUUCUCUGCACCUUACAAGCGCGACUUCAACUCAGAACCCUUCCUAAUUACCAUCCUACCUUUCCCCCCCGCAUACUGCACACUGGGAAAACAAUAUCCAGCACAGAAGUCUGACUUCAACACUACUUCUACUACUAGCUCUACACAUACUACUACUGCUACUGCUACUUGCGCUAAAGCUUCACAGAAGAGCCAUCUUGCACAGAAAACCUUUCUCUCUUUCAUCAUCCUUUCCUCUUUUCUUUUCUCCCCCUUUUUUUUUUUAACUACACCUUUAUUUAUUGUGGCAUGAUGUAACUUUAACAACUGGGAUGGCUUUCCUAUUUUAUUUGUUUAUUUUUUUUUUAAAGGAUUUUAAAAAAAAAAAGAGAGAAAACAGACUAAAAAGCUUCGCCACCUCUGCUAGCAUUGAAUUCCUAUACCUGUCACCACACCACACAAGUGCUUAAUUGACCUCUAUUUAAUUGUUGUAAAUAUAAAUGUAGUAUUUUUUUGACAGAGACGAACACUAAAAAGACUGGUCAUGUAGAUAGGCGUGUGUAUAGUUGGUCUGUACAACUGUGGAGACAAACAGAGAGAGAGACGGACAGGCAUGUAGGAGCAACGGGGCAGUAAACUCACUUACUAGUUCCCUGAUCAUGUGACGAGGGUCAGGAAACAAAGACUCCUGCAGUCUCCUCAGGUGGACAGCUUUGGUAAUCAGAUAUUAUUCUAACAAUCUGGAGCUCAGGAUUGGACUGAGCAAACACAGGAAGCAGCACUGAUUGGUAAUUUAAUUUUGCAUGCAUCACCAUCAAAACUUCCUGCCUGUUUGCACCAUAGCAACUGUCGUCAGGGCAGCAGACCUUACAAGUUCUGACAUCAUCAUUUUAAAUUUUUUUUAACGCUGUUUUAAUCAGAAAGCUUCAUUUUCUUUUCUUUUUUUUACUGCUAUUUUUUUUUAUUGAACCACUGGUGUUAAAAAUUUGCACAGAGAAAAAGGUAUUUGACAAACAAAUGUGAUGUCAUUAUAAUAUAUGACCUUGUGUGUAUGCACAGUGUGUGGGUGUGUGUGUGUGUGUGUGUAUGUGUGUGCGUAGACAUAGAUUAUGCAUAUACAAGUGCGUCAUGUACAGAUCUGGUCUUUAACAAGUGACGGUUGUGUUUCAGCCCGAGGCCACUUUAAAAGGGCACCGACAGAUAUAAAAAAAAAAACAAGACAAAAGCUGGAUUUACACAGAAGGAAAAAUCAAUUUAUUUAUGCAGUAGACAUGGUAUAUUAUCAUCAUUUCUAUUGUUAUAUUGAACUUCUAUGGAAUUGCACAUGUGUGAAGUUCAAAGGGUUUGUUAAAACAGUUACAUAAAAUUACUGAAAUGGUUUGAUACAUUUUAAUAUGAAUGAUCUGGAACAAUUUGAAUCACAAGUGGUAGAAAACCCCUCCCAUGUGGUACUCAAAACAAACGCAAAAGAACUGUUUUAAAGUACUGCUUGAUAAGGUUCUAUCAAGCUAGUACACGAUCACAAUAAAACGUAUUUACUGUAUGGAAUAAAAUUAAGAGCUAAAGGUCCGACUCCCAUUCUUAGCUAGCUUCUGUUCUACUGGCCUCCAAAACAAAAUGGAUAAAACAAGAUGCUGGGUAGAUUGGUGCAUACUAUUACUAUGCUGGACACACUGAAUACAUUUUUAAUUUUCUGUAUGUAUUGAAUACAUAAAAUAACGUUUUGUUAGCAUUAAGCAUACCUCGAGUGAAAAGUGCUGUCACAGUUGUUCAACACUAACAAAAUAACCUGUUUUAUCUUUAAAAUAAUGAGGUGCUCAAGUUUUGUUACCUAGAUCAUAAACUUAAUUACGUGUUUCAGCUUUUUUUUUUUUUUUUAAUGAAUGCUACUAGAACAGAAGCUAGCCCAGUAGUGGGGCGGGAAAUUACAUUUCUGUGUAAGUCCAAAUGUCCUUUUAGUCAUAUUUGGAGAACUUUAGCCUCCAUUGCUGUGACUUUUUUUAAA